UCUCUGGAUCGCCUCCUAGUCUAUGCAGACUCUAAUUAGAUGUGUAGUAGUCGGAUAAUGCUGUUGAUCAGCUGAGGUGGAAUUAGCGACUCCUUAUUUACAUCAAGGGAUAGAAUGAAGCAUGAGUUGGGCACGUGUAUUUAGGCUCAGGGAAACUAUAUUUCCAAGAAGAGUGUCAGCUAGAAAGUAAGGAGUGGGCAUCUUUUGAGGGUUAAUGCCUUGGAUACAUCGACCAUGGAGGUAGAAUCUGACUUACGGUAGAUGGUUCUUCUUGUUAACCCCUUGUGCUACACCGCUUGACCCUCUCAGCUACUGCUACUGCAAAACCCCAUCAUCCAGAAUCUCAGAAGGAGUGGCCUUCAGACGUUAAAGAUGAAGCUUUAGUCUCGUGGUCACACCACUCCUUCAUGGUCGGACACGCAGUAAGGAUACUAACCUCAGAAGGCGUGGUGUCAUAGAACUAUUGGCAUGCUGCUCUCUCAUGAUCAAGGAAUUUUAUCAAUGGAUUUGCGUCCGGAUUUUGCUCUGAAAGGAAAGACUGGAAUUUUAUCAUCGGAGACGGACUGGGAAGGCGAUCCGAUUGAUGUAGAAGGAAUUUCGGACAAGGGUAAAGAAGAAGUGAUUCAAGAAAUCACGAGUGAGCUUGUUCAAGCCUUGAAGGAGUCCAGUACCAGACAUAAACCAGUCAAGACCAGCAGCACACAGACCAAUGAGGUUCGAGUCAAGUUUGAGUACCAAGGGGAGAGGAGGAUAUUGCAAGUUCCCCGACCCCUCAACUAUAAUGACCUACUGACUAAAGCCAGAACAGCCUAUGGAUUGCCAGUAGACAUGCACUACACAACCAACGAUGUCAACUCAAAUAUUGUUGUACCAAUCAAGAGCCAGACUAACCUUAACCAGGCCGUGGCGUUAAUGGACCACAACCCCAACGCCAAGAGCCUCCGCGUCUAUCUAACGCCGUUACAAUCGGAUACUAGCACAGCAACAGCGUCAACGCCAUCCUCGACAACGGGAACAGGGUCAUCAGCCCCUGGCCUGGGUCAUUCUAAAUCCGCUGGGACGAUAGCGUACCACGAUAGCAUUUCAGGUGGUGGUGAUCUCUAUGAUACGGCUAUUCGCAGCGACUCUACACACAAGCCUGCAACACUACGGUCACAAUCCAUUCCACAAUCACAGUCUCAGCCGAAGCUACCGAGCCAAUCUAAGCGACAUUCAACACCGGUUGAGAUGCCGACACGUGACACCCCUUCCCCACCCCCUGGCUAUAUACCCACUGAGUCCAUGCAAAAUAUCAUGAGAAAUUCAACGUAUGGGGAGGGCAGGUUUAUCCCAGAACCAGAGUCAGAGCAACAAGAUCAUGUGAUCAUCAACAGUCCCAACGGUAGCCAUCAGUCGCUAGAUAAGGCGUUUUAUGGUGGCAGCCAAUCGUUAGGAAGUAAUAGUGGAAGAAUGUUCAGAGCUCAGAGUACAAAUAGUUAUGAGGAGUUUACAAAUUCACAAUAUUCAGAGAGGUCAGGAAAAGGAGGAACCUUCCCAACGCGGUAUAGCAUGAAGAACACACAGAAUGAGUACGAUGAUGGACGUAAGACAUUCCCAAGUCGGUCACGGAGACCCCAGCUUAGUCCUUCCAUGAUGAACCGGGAUGACUACAGCCCGCACGGCAGUGAGCAUUCCCUAAGCAAGAGUAGUAGCAGCAGUGGGAUCGGCGCAGACUACGAUACCAUCGACAGUCGGAGGAGGAGGGACAGUGAGCUGGAGCACUCCAUCAAAUCGCUGCAGGAGAUGAGCAUCAAGGAGGGUGCUAAAUGUGAGACAAUGAUGUCUCCCAGAGCGCCAGUCAACUGGCGGAAAGGCAAGAUUCUAGGUCAAGGGGCAUUUGGGGUCGUUUACCUUUGCUAUGAUGCAGACACAGGGAGGGAGUUGGCUGUCAAACAGGUCCCGACAGAUAAUUCAAAUAACGAAGCAAGAAAGGAAGUAAAAGCCCUGAAAUCUGAGAUAGAAUUGCUGAGGAAUCUUCACCACGAUAGAAUAGUGCAGUACUUUGGUUGCUCUGAGGAUAAGCAGGUCUUAUCGAUAUUCAUGGAGCUCAUGCCUGGGGGCUCUGUAAAAGAUGAGCUGAGGAGUUAUGGUGCGCUCACAGAGAAUGUUGUGAGAAAAUACACUCGUCAAAUCCUUGAAGGUGUUGCGUAUCUUCACAUAAGCCAUAUUGUACAUAGAGAUAUUAAAGGUGCGAAUAUCUUGAGGGCAGGUUCAGGGAACGUGAAGCUGGCUGAUUUUGGUGCAUCCCGGCGGUUACAAACGAUAGCGAGUUUCGUGACUGGAAUCAAAUCAGUAACGGGUACACCGUACUGGAUGAGUCCGGAAGUCAUAAACGGAGUCGGAUAUGGCAGGAAGGCUGAUGUAUGGAGUGUCGGCUGCACAGUCGUAGAGAUGCUGACGACGAAGCCACCCUGGGCAGACUAUGAAGCCAUGGCCGCCAUCUUUAAAAUCGCAACGCAACCCACAAUUCCUCAGCUCCCCAGCACAGUCUCAGACAUCUCUCGCGAGUUCCUGAGACUCACGUUAAUCAGAGAUGCCCAGGAGAGGCCCUGGGCUCACGAGUUGCUCAGGCACGAUUUUGUGAACAAUUUCUCGGUCGACUAAAAUGUAAACAAGAGAUCCUUCAACCCCCCUACCCCCACCCUUGGAGUCAGUCAAGGAGAGCAAGCAACAUGUCUUGGAAGUAGAUGUGUGGAAUCAGUUGACUCAGAUUUGUUUUAAGAGCCCUGGUGUUGUGCUUCCUGGAACUUGCCGAACUUACCUCCACACAUCUACUUUAUUUGUUGUUGAGAUUGUCCGCGGACGUUUAAUACAUUCCGUGACUUUGACCUCCAGCAAUUCAGCCUUUGAUUUAUACUUGAAAAAGUACUGUGAGGAGAUGGGAAACUCAAAACUUUGGAUAUAGUUUAUUUUUACAAAGGAUUUUCUGCGAGUGUCGUCGAUGCAGUUUAGCUUUACAGCAUUGUGAGUGAUUGCAUCUACCUGUCGUGUUGACUCUUACUAGCUACACACAGUUUACCAUCUCUACACAGUUUACCAGCUAAACACAGUUUACCAGCUAAACACAGUUUACCAGCUGGACAAGGUUUUCCAGCUACGCACAGUUUACCGGCUAAACACAGUUUACCAUCUAAACACAGUUUACCAGCUGAACACCGUCUACCAGCUGAACACGGUUUUCCAGCUACACACAGUUUACCAGCUAAACACGUUUUACCAGUUAAAUGUGUGGUUUACCAGCUGAGCACAGUUUACUAGCUAAAUCGUUGCUUUAGUGGAUUACAUCAAGACUUGCAACCAGUCUCUUGUCACCGGUUACCAGUCUGUACUGCAGUGUAAAAGCAACAGUGGCUAACAACAAGAUCACUGGUGUCCACCAACAAUAAUAACAGAUGUUGGUUACCAGUGUCAGUGUCAGAAAGUUCUACUCCACAUCAGGAGAUCAGCAUUACUCAGUAAUGACAUCAUAGAUACUGCACUAAAGUUGCAAGAUGACAACUCCCAUCAGCCACGGUGCAAUCAUCUCUAUUAUUCAUGAGUCACAUUUUCACAGUUUCCUUUGGCUUGGAAGAACCAGUGGCGGGCUAAAAAAUAUACACUUUACAA